GCGUCUUCCACUUGGGCGUGCCAGUUGAAGCCAUCUUCUUCGUCGGCAACCAACUCAUCGCCACCAGCCACGCCGGCAAAAUCGGUGUCUGGAACGCCGUCACCAAACAUUGGCAGGGUAGCAUCCAAGACGUCGUCCCCAUCAACAGCUACGACGCCGCCGGCACCUUCCUCCUCCUCGGUUGCAACAACGGCUCCAUCUACUACGUGGACGUCCAGAAGUUCCCCCUGCGCAUGAAGGACAACGAUCUCCUGGUGACGGAGCUUUACCGCGACCCCACCGAAGACGCCGUCACCGCCCUCAGCGUCUACCUCACCCCCAAAACCAGUGAUAGCGGGAAUUGGAUCGAGAUCGCCUACGGCACGAGUUCCGGCGUCGUCCGCGUCAUCGUCCAACACCCUGAAACCGUCGGCUCCGGUCCCCAACUCUUCCAAACCUUCACCGUCCACCGCAGCCCCGUCACCAAAAUCAUGUUAUCGGAGAAACACCUCAUCUCCGUUUGUGCCGACAACAACCACGUCCGGACGUGGACGGUGACACGGUUCCGCGGGAUGAUUUCUACCCAACCGGGCUCAACGCCGUUGGCAUCCUUCAAAAUCCUUUCUCUCGACGACCUCGACGGUCCCACCGGCUCCACCGCCGGCACCGAUAUCGGACCCUUCGGCGAGCGGGACGAGCAGCAAGUCUUCAUCCAACGCGUGGUGCCGGACGCGUGCCAAGUCUUCGUCCGGCUUUCCUCCACCGGCAAACG